AUGGCUUCAUUUGAUUUCCAAUCACUGUUUACGAAUGUUCCCGGUCGGGAGGUCAUACGUAUCAUGUGUGAUCAUGUGGAGCAAAACCAACUGAAAAUCGGUAUACCAGUAUCAGUUCUGGUACGACAAUUACUACUGUGCACAACAAACGUAUCGUUCUCCUUCCUUGGUUGGGCUUACAGACAAAUUGACGGUGUCGCAAUCGGAACUCCAUUGAGCCCCAUUCUGGCACAUAUGUUUUUGGCUCAUCUUGAGGAAAAGGCGAGCAAAAUCCUCGAACGUUCACAACUUUACAAACGAUACGUUGAUCAUGUUCUAGUCAUCACAAUAAGUCUAGAAGAGACAACAUGGAUUAUGGACAAACUCGAUCGCCUGCAUCCGAAUAUACGAUUUACGAUGGAAACAGAAAUCGAAGAUACACUGCACUUCCUCGACAUUAAAAUGACUAGGAAUAAUGAUGGAACAAUGGCCAGAUCUGUUUACCGAAAAGAAACCUGGACAGGCCAAUGCUUGCAAUUUGACAGCUUUGUGUCUGUGGAAUAUGAACGUGGUCUGGUCCGAACACUAUUUCAAACAGCACGACAUAUCUGCACAGAAGACAUGAUUGACAACGAACUACGACAGCUGAAAGAAUCUUUGACUAGAAACGCUUAUCCCGAUGCGUUUAUCGAAAAGCACAGCAAGCCUAAAUUGAUCAGACAAACGAAUUGUUCAGCAGAAAAACUACUAGUCACCAUUUGUCUUCCAUUCAUACGUGAUGACAUCAAUUGCUUGCUCAAACGACCACUUGGAUCAGCGCUUGCCCAAAACAAAUAUUAUGCACCUGACCUCAGAAUUAUUCAUCGAACGAUUGAGAUCCCCACACCCUCGGUGAAACAACGUUCACCAAUGUACACCAAAUCGAAUCUGAUUUACCAAUUUCAGUGUAGUUGCGAAGCAACCUACUUGGGUCGAACAGAGCGCCAGUUACGUAACCGAGUGAUUGAAUAUAUUCCAAAUUGGGUACAACGUUUUGUGAUGCAAUCAGGGUCAGAUCAAAGGCAUAAUGACAACGUUCGAAACCAUAAGAUCCCGUCGUCGGCUGUCGGCCGUCGGCCGUCGGCCGUCGCUCGUCAUCUUCUGAUGACGCAACAUCCAGCUGACCGAAGCACUGCGUUUCGGGUCAUUUACGUGGCAAAGAAUACCAGGCUUUUGAGACAAAUUGACGGUGUCGCAAUCCGAACUCCAUUGAGCCCCAUUCUGGCACAUAUGUUUUUGGCUCAUCUUGAGGAAAAGGCGAGCAAAAUCCUCGAACGUUCACAACUUUACAAACGAUACGUUGAUCAUGUUCUAGUCAUCACAAUAAGUCUAGAAGAGACAACAUGGAUUAUGGACAAACUCGAUCGCCUGCAUCCGAAUAUACGAUUUACGAUGGAAACAGAAAUCGAAGAUACACUGCACUUCCUCGACAUUAAAAUCACUAGGAAUAAUGAUGGAACAAUGGCCAGAUCUGUUUACCGAAAAGAAACCUGGACAGGCCAAUGCUUGCAAUUUGACAGCUUUGUGUCUGUGGAAUAUGAACGUGGUCUGGUCCGAACACUAUUUCAAACAGCACGACAUAUCUGCACAGAAGACAUGAUUGACAACGAACUACGACAGCUGAAAGAAUCUUUGACUAGAAACGCUUAUCCCGAUGCGUUUAUCGAAAAGCACAGCAAGCCUAAAUUGAUCAGACAAACGAAUUGUUCAGCAGAAAAACUACUAGUCACCAUUUGUCUUCCAUUCAUACGUGAUGACAUCAAUUGCUUGCUCAAACGACCACUUGGAUCAGCGCUUGCCAAAAACAAAUAUUAUGCACCUGACCUCAGAAUUAUUCAUCGAACGAUUGAGAUCCCCACACCCUCGGUGAAACAACGUCCACCAAUGUACACCAAAUCGAAUCUGAUUUACCAAUUUCAGUGUAGUUGCGGAGCAACCUACUUGGGUCGAACAGAGCGCCAGUUACGUAACCGAGUGAUUGAAUAUAUUCCAAAUUGGGUACAACGUUUUGUGAUGCAAUCAGGGUCAGAUCAAAGGCAUAAUGACAACGUUCGAAACCAUAAGAUCCCGUCGUCGGCUGUCGGCCGUCGGCCGUCGGCCGUCGCUCGUCAUCUUCUGAUGACGCAACAUCCAGCUGACCGAACCACUGCGUUUCGGGUCAUUUACGUGGCAAAGAAUACCAGGCUUUUGAGACAAAUUGACGGUGUCGCAAUCCGAACUCCAUUGAGCCCCAUUCUGGCACAUAUGUUUUUGGCUCAUCUUGAGGAAAAGGCGAGCAAAAUCCUCGAACGUUCACAACUUUAUAAACGAUACGUUGAUCAUGUUCUAGUCAUCACAAUAAGUCUAGAAGAGACAACAUGGAUUAUGGAUAAACUCGAUCGCCUGCAUCCGAAUAUACGAUUUACGAUGGAAAAAGAAAUCGAAGAUACACUGCACUUCCUCGACAUUAAAAUCACUAGGAAUAAUGAUGGAACAAUGGCCAGAUCUGUUUACCGAAAAGAAACUUGGACAGGCCAAUGCUUGCAAUUUGACAGCUUUGUGUCUGUGGAAUAUGAACGUGGUCUGGUCCGAACACUAUUUCAAACAGCACGACAUAUCUGCACAGAAGACAUGAUUGACAACGAACUACGACAGCUGAAAGAAUCUUUGACUAGGAACGCUUAUCCCGAUGCGUUUAUCGAAAAGCACAGCAAGCCUAAAUUGAUCAGACAAACGAAUUGUUCAGCAGAAAAACUACUAGUCACCAUUUGUCUUCCAUUCAUACGUGAUGACAUCAAUUGCUUGCUCAAACGACCACUUGGAUCAGCGCUUGCCAAAAACAAAUAUUAUGCACCUGACCUCAGAAUUAUUCAUCGAACGAUUGAGAUCCCCACACCCUCGGUGAAACAACGUCCACCAAUGUACACCAAAUCGAAUCUGAUUUACCAAUUUCAGUGUAGUUGCGGAGCAACCUACUUGGGUCGAACAGAGCGCCAGUUACGUAACCGAGUGAUUGAAUAUAUUCCAAAUUGGGUACAACGUUUUGUGAUGCAAUCAGGGUCAGAUCAAAGGCAUAAUGACAACGUUCGAAACCAUAAGAUCCCGUCGUCGGCUGUCGGCCGUCGGCCGUCGGCCGUCGCUCGUCAUCUUCUGAUGACGCAACAUCCAGCUGACCGAACCACUGCGUUUCGGGUCAUUUACGUGGCAAAGAAUACCAGGCUUUUGAGACAAAUUGACGGUGUCGCAAUCGGAACUCCAUUGAGCCCCAUUCUGGCACAUAUGUUUUUGGCUCAUCUUGAGGAAAAGGCGAGCAAAAUCCUCGAACGUUCACAACUUUAUAAACGAUACGUUGAUCAUGUUCUAGUCAUCACAAUAAGUCUAGAAGAGACAACAUGGAUUAUGGAUAAACUCGAUCGCCUGCAUCCGAAUAUACGAUUUACGAUGGAAAAAGAAAUCGAAGAUACACUGCACUUCCUCGACAUUAAAAUCACUAGGAAUAAUGAUGGAACAAUGGCCAGAUCUGUUUACCGAAAAGAAACUUGGACAGGCCAAUGCUUGCAAUUUGACAGCUUUGUGUCUGUGGAAUAUGAACGUGGUCUGGUCCGAACACUAUUUCAAACAGCACGACAUAUCUGCACAGAAGACAUGAUUGACAACGAACUACGACAGCUGAAAGAAUCUUUGACUAGGAACGCUUAUCCCGAUGCGUUUAUCGAAAAGCACAGCAAGCCUAAAUUGAUCAGACAAACGAAUUGUUCAGCAGAAAAACUACUAGUCACCCUUUGUCUUCCAUUCAUACGUGAUGACAUCAAUUGCUUGCUCAAACGACCACUUGGAUCAGCGCUUGCCCAGAACAAAUAUUAUGCACCUGACCUCAGAAUUAUUCAUCGAACGAUUGAGAUCCCCACACCCUCGGUGAAACAACGUCCACCUCUGUACACCAAAUCGAAUCUGAUUUACCAAUUUCAGUGUAGUUGCGAAGCAACCUACGUGGGUCGAACAGAGCGCCAGUUACGUAACCGAGUGAUUGAAUAUAUUCCAAAUUGGGUACAACGUUUUGUGAUGCAAUCAGGGUCAGAUCAAAGGCAUAAUGACAACGUUCGAAACCAUAAGAUCCCGUCGUCGGCUGUCGGCCGUCGGCCGUCGGCCGUCGCUCGUCAUCUUCUGAUGACGCAACAUCCAGCUGACCGAAGCACUGCGUUUCGGGUCAUUUACGUGGCAAAAAAUACUAGGCUUUUGAGACAAAUUGACGGUGUCGCAAUCCGAACUCCAUUGAGCCCCAUUCUGGCACAUAUGUUUUUGGCUCAUCUUGAGGAAAAGGCGAGCAAAAUCCUCGAACGUUCACAACUUUACAAACGAUACGUUGAUCAUGUUCUAGUCAUCACAAUAAGUCUAGAAGAGACAACAUGGAUUAUGGAUAAACUCGAUCGCCUGCAUCCGAAUAUACGAUUUACGAUGGAAACAGAAAUCGAAGAUACACUGCACUUCCUCGACAUUAAAAUCACUAGGAAUAAUGAUGGAACAAUGGCCAGAUCUGUUUACCGAAAAGAAACCUGGACAGGCCAAUGCUUGCAAUUUGACAGCUUUGUGUCUGUGGAAUAUGAACGUGGUCUGGUCCGAACACUAUUUCAAACAGCACGACAUAUCUGCACAGAAGACAUGAUUGACAACGAACUACGACAGCUGAAAGAAUCUUUGACUAGAAACGCUUAUCCCGAUGCGUUUAUCGAAAAGCACAGCAAGCCUAAAUUGAUCAGACAAACGAAUUGUUCAGCAGAAAAACUACUAGUCACCAUUUGUCUUCCAUUCAUACGUGAUGACAUCAAUUGCUUGCUCAAACGACCACUUGGAUCAGCGCUUGCCAAAAACAAAUAUUAUGCACCUGACCUCAGAAUUAUUCAUCGAACGAUUGAGAUCCCCACACCCUCGGUGAAACAACGUCCACCUCUGUACACCAAAUCGAAUCUGAUUUACCAAUUUCAGUGUAGUUGCGGAGCAACCUACGUGGGUCGAACAGAGCGCCAGUUACGUAACCGAGUGAUUGAAUAUAUUCCAAAUUGGGUACAACGUUUUGUGAUGCAAUCAGGGUCAGAUCAAAGGCAUAAUGACAACGUUCGAAACCAUAAGAUCCCGUCGUCGGCUGUCGGCCGUCGGCCGUCGGCCGUCGCUCGUCAUCUUCUGAUGACGCAACAUCCAGCUGACCGAACCACUGCGUUUCGGGUCAUUUACGUGGCAAAGAAUACCAGGCUUUUGAGACAAAUUGACGGUGUCGCAGUCGGAACUCCAUUGAGCCCCAUUCUGGCACAUAUGUUUUUGGCUCAUCUUGAGGAAAAGGCGAGCAAAAUCCCCGAACGUUCACAACUUUACAAACGAUACGUUGAUCAUGUUCUAGUCAUCACAAUAAGUCUAGAAGAGACAACAUGGAUUAUGGAUAAACUCGAUCGCCUGCAUCCGAAUAUACGAUUUACGAUGGAAACAGAAAUCGAAGAUACACUGCACUUCCUCGACAAUAAAAUGACUAGGAAUAAUGAUGGAACAAUGGCCAGAUCUGUUUACCGAAAAGAAACUUGGACAGGCCAAUGCUUGCAAUUUGACAGCUUUGUGUCUGUGGAAUAUGAACGUGGUCUGGUCCGAACACUAUUUCAAACAGCACGACAUAUCUGCACAGAAGACAUGAUUGACAACGAACUACGACAGCUGAAAGAAUCUUUGACUAGAAACGCUUAUCCCGAUGCGUUUAUCGAAAAGCACAGCAAGCCUAAAUUGAUCAGACAAACGAAUUGUUCAGCAGAAAAACUACUAGUCACCAUUUGUCUUCCAUUCAUACGUGAUGACAUCAAUUGCUUGCUCAAACGACCACUUGGAUCAGCGCUUGCCCAAAACAAAUAUUAUGCACCUGACCUCAGAAUUAUUCAUCGAACGAUUGAGAUCCCCACACCCUCGGUGAAACAACGUCCACCUCUGUACACCAAAUCGAAUCUGAUUUACCAAUUUCAGUGUAGUUGCGGAGCAACCUACGUGGGUCGAACAGAGCGCCAGUUACGUAACCGAGUGAUUGAAUAUAUUCCAAAUUGGGUACAACGUUUUGUGAUGCAAUCAGGGUCAGAUCAAAGGCAUAAUGACAACGUUCGAAACCAUAAGAUCCCGUCGUCGGCUAUCGGCCGUCGCUCGUCAUCUUCUGAUGACGCAACAUCCAGCUGA